AUGGCCACUCUGGACGUCAAGAUUCCGCCGGACUGGCUGCGAACGCCAAAUUUUACAAAACGCAGCGACUUGUUGGAGGCGCGGAAGCAAGACCGUCACGCUCUAGCGCUGGCCAUCGAGCCACCGUUGACUUGCGAUAAGCGGCAUGCGCGCACGGAGAAAGUCUUUCGGGACUCCUAUCGUCGUAGUGGCGCUUUCGUGCGCAGUCCAAGGCAACAAGAGCUGGACCUCCCACCGCAGCACUGGCAUCCACGAGCGACUUGCAGCGGCGCGCCAACCAAGUCGGCGCUAUUUGCUCGAAGGCAACACGACAAACGCUUGGAGAGUCUCAAGUUCGAACCACCCGAGAUCGAGCGGUUGCGAGAUAUCCCCAAGGUUCACCAGCUCGCAGACUGGUGGAAACGCCCAGCCCCGGGUUAUGUGGAGGACCCCGCCAAUGCCCCGUUCAUUCGAGAAUCUCUACGUCUUCAGCUCGCAGAGCACGGCAAGGAGCUUGGGCCUGUAGACCCAGCGAAAAUUCGUUCAGCACAAUCUGUAGAUGAACGACGAUUUUUGAGGGAAAAGCGAGGUCAACUGGCUGACAAAGUGACCCACAUCACUCACCUCAUGCCAGACGACUACGCUCGCGCCGACAGUGACGCCAUUGCAGCUCGGGCGGUGGAUCUGUCUCCUCAAGAGCGGGUGCGUACCAUGGCUUCGUUGGGAUUUUGUACUCGCCCAUUCUGA